CGGCGCCGAGAGGGAACUGAAAUUUCAGGGCUGAACUUCUGACCAAGAUGGGGCGUUGGAGGCGGUGAGGGCUUUAGGUCCCCACCGGGCGCCUGCGCGGCUCCUCUUCCCAUCAAAGCAUGGCCCAACAGACCUACGGCAACUGGUUGGGACCCCCACCGGCGCCCACCAAGCGGUUGGUGAGACAAGCAGGAAUUUACUCCGUUGCUGGGAAGAUGACCCCCAUGCGUGACUUCAGGCCGGCGUCUCCUGACAGCUUUGAGGAUGACUAUGACGACGUAUCCCUGUCGGAGUCGGAUCUCGGCCACAACCCACCAGCGACCGAUGAAGAACUGCAGAGCCAGAAAGGCAAAGGAAGCCCAGGGGAUUACAUCCUUGUGGGGAAACCGACAUCUCCAGAGCCUUCCCGGAAGGGUGACCCGGAGUCGGGAGGUGGCACGGGACGGAGCCGCAGGGCGACGUCGGUGGUGGUCCUCUACGUCCUGGUAGCGCUGAGCUUCAUCGCGUGGGCGCUGCUCUUCACAAUGGCCAUAAUGAAGCAGAUGGAAAUCAUGGAGGAAUUAAAGCUCUUGAGGUCAAACUGCUCGGACACCCAAACUGAAGUGUGGCAGGAGCUGGUGGAGACCCAACAGAAGCAGACGCGACUGCGGAUGAGGAUGCAGAAAUACUACGAGGAACUGCAGGACAUCACAGCGCAGAUCUGCCCUAUCAUCCUGAGCGACAAGAAGUGCUCGGCCGGCUGGAAGAUGUUUGAGAAAAGCUGCUACUUCUUCUCGACGGAGACCAUGAGCUGGCCGGACGCCGAGGAGAUCUGCAGCGACCAAGGAGCUCACUUGGUCAUCAUCAACUCGGACCUGGAGCAGGAGUUCGUGAAGGACAAUAUCAACAGCAGCAGCACCUACUGGUUGGGUGUGACGGAUCGGCUUCAGGAAGGCCACUGGGUCUGGACUAACGGCGAACGCACGAGUAUUAGCUAUUGGAACAUGUUGAAGGAGAACAAAGACAGGGACCAGAAGGACUGCGGCGUCAUCGGGCCUGGUGGCAUCUGGGCCGACGACAGAUGCUCCUACUUCAACCGCUGGAUUUGUGAAAAGUCCUGGAAUUGCUGACUCCGGUGGUGGGGGUUUUUUUUCCAGACUAUUUUCAAGGCAUCCAUGGAAAAAGAAGGAUAUUUCAAACAUCUCACUUGGUGCUGGGUGGACUCGCGCCGCUCCGGGGCCUUCAGGCUCGCGGUUUUGUUGCCUGUUAACCGUAGAAUCCUGGAAGGGUUGGGUUGGAAGGGACCUCAAAGCCCAUCCAGUUCCACCUCCUGCCCUGGAGACACCUCCCAUGGAUGUGGUUGCUCCACAAGCCCCAUCCAACGUGGCCUUCAACACCUCCAACACCUGUUUGGUCUUCGCGUGAUGGCUUAAAUGAUCCUCACGGAGCAGAAACGCAACCGUUGGUCAAGUGGUCGCCCUUUGCUUUGCCAAUAGUCUCAUUUUGAGGUGAACGGAUGCGGUUUGGCCAAAAAAGUCAUGGUUUGAGAAACACGGUGACCUUGUGUGUGACCAGUUCAAGUGAAAUGGGAUGGAUUCAUGGAAUCCUGGAGUGGUUUGGGUUGGAAGGGACCUCAAAGCCCAUCCAAUUCCACCCCCUGCCAUGGGGACACCUCCCACUGGAUCAGGGGCUCCGAGCCCCAUCCAACCUGGCCUGGAACCCCUCCAGGGAUGGGGCAGCCACCACUGCUCUGGGCAACCUGGGCCUCCCCACCCCUCCGAGGAGAACAUUUCUCCCCAAGAUCUCUUCUCAGUGUCCACCUUUCAGCUCAGAACCGUUCUCCUCAUCCUAUCCCUGAUCAAGAGCACCUCCUCGGCUUUCCUGGAGCCCCUUCAAGUACUGGAAGCUCCUCUGAAGUCUCCCCAGAACCUUCUCUCCUCCAGGCUCAACAACGCCAACUCUCAACCUCUCCUCAGCUGGGAGGUUCUCCAGCCCUCGGAUCAUCUCCGUGGCCUCCUCUGGACUCGCUCCAACAGCUCCGAGUCCUCCUUGAGCUGAGGACUCCAGAGCUGAACAUAAACUCCAGGUUUGGUGUCCCCAGAGCGGAGCAGAAGGGCAGGAUCCAUCCCUCACCCUCCUGCUCCAACUGUUCUUCUGACGCAACCCCCGACACGGUUGGACUCUCCAGGCUGCGAGCUCACGUGGAACUUCGAAUCUGGGCGGAUCCCUCAAUCCAAUCGCUAAAAUCCUUCUUUUUUUUGCAAGCCUGACCCCAAAACCAUCCAAAAAAGAGGAUUUUGGCCUAAAUUAGCUCCUAGAAAUCACGUCAGCUUGGUCAAAUCAGGUCAAAUUGGUAAAAUCUGGGGUUUUUUGGCCUAUUUUCAAGCUCUUUUUUCCAUCUUGAUCCCUCUCUCUCCUCCAGGUGCCCCUUCUCUCUCGGCCCAACAACCAAACCCCCUA